UUGGAUAGUUGGAUAUGACAGAUAGGGCUUUUUUUUUGUUCUUUUUUUUUGGGUUACGUCCUGAAACUCCCAAGCUGUCAAUUAAUAUUUUAUAUUUUCCCACAAACACAACUGAAAAAGUAAACUGUUGACCAAUUAUUAAUGGAGAUGGUGAGCCACUAUUGACAUUGUAAAACCAUAAAAUAAUACCAAUACCAAAGCCGUGUGAGUCCAACAACGUGGCUUCCAUAUAGCAUUUACUUUUUGACAUAAUGCAUUGGUCGCCCAUAUCUUUCCAUUGUCUACAUUACUAACAAAUCCAAUCUGUCAUCCGAAAAACAAAGGAACAAAAAACGAAGUUUGGGGUUAGAAUCUUCAAUGCUUUGUCCCUCUUAUUGAAGACAAGAAAAAAGGCGGAGAUUGUUUUCCAUUGGUUUUGAAAGGAAAAAGAAAAAGGAGAAUGUGUCCUAUGAGAUUCUUGUUGGUGUUUUUCUCAGCAGUUUUAGCAGGGUUUGUUGCAUGGAGGACGGUACGUUCAUCAUCUGAUAUCCACGACUUAGUUUCUGAGGAUUCAGAGAAGAUAAUUGCCAAAGACAAACAAGAAUUCAGUUUCAAAAGGAUGGCUCAGAAUGGAUUCUGGGUAUUUGUUGACAUGUCUAGUGGGAGGUAUUUGUGGAGGAAUCUCAAGGAACUGAAGAAUGAUGAAUAUGUUAAGACCUGUUAACAGCUUUGACAUA